UGUAAUCACAUGACAUACUUUUUUUCCAAUGGUGUUAGAAGAAAGGGAAUAAAUUUCUUCAGCACACCAGUGUCAGAGACAAAAGAAAAAAGGAAAGGCCUGAAACAUGAAAAUCACAUGCAUCGUGAUUUUGUUUUGGCAAUUUUCUGUGCUAUUACUAUCAGAUGGAAGCCAGGCUUCUCAAACAGAAGUCAAAUGUAAUUACACUGGAAAGACCUAUUCUUUCAUUCCGGCGGAUAUCAACAAAAGUGUUACUAUACUUGAUCUCAGUUAUAACCUAAUUACUCUGAAUGUUAUAGACAUAAAAGUUCUACAAACGUAUUUCUUACUUGUUGAAUUCUAUUUGAUUGAGAAUAAUGUUACUAUCUUACAUAAUAACAGUUUUGGUAAUCUCUCUAGUCUAGAAAUUUUAAAUAUCUGUAGAAACUCCAUCUAUGUAAUUCAACAGGGUGCAUUUUUAGGCUUAAAUAAACUAAAACAGUUAUAUCUCUGUCAAAACAAGAUAUUACAACUGAAUACUGAUACGCUCAUGCCGUUAAAAAACCUGAACCUUCUGAAUCUGCACAGCAAUUUGAUAAGUUAUUUUGAUGUACCACAACUACUUCAUCUGGAAUUAAUAACUUUAUAUGGAAAUCCCUGGAACUGCUCUUGUAGUUUAUUCAAUCUGCAGAACUGGUUGAACACAUCAAAUGUGGUACUAGAAAAUGUGAAUAUCACCAUGUGUAGAUACCCAGAUACCCUGCAAUACUACAGCAUCAAAGCAGUACCUUUUAAGGCUGAAUGCUACUCAAUAUUUCCUUCACCUAUAAGUGAAAACCUUCAUUUCCACUUUCAGUACAUUGGUAAUUCAACAUUUAACAGCUCUUUGAACAACUCAACAAAAAAUUCAGUACAUGAACCUCUUGGAAAAAGUUGGGCUUUUCUUGUUGGCGUUGUUGUCACCAUGCUAAUGACGUCACUCAUCAUUGUUAUUGCGAUCAAAUGCCCAAUAUGGUAUAAGUUUCUCCUUAGUUACAAUCAUCGUCGCCUGGAAAGUUAUGAAGCAGAGAUUUUUGAAGAUGACUUUAUUGAAAAUCCAAAUUCUCUUCCACAGAUACCAAAUACAAACUCUGAAGAAGCUACAGUAAUAUUUGAACAAUUACAUUCAUUUGCAGUAGAUGAUGAUGGGUUUAUUGAAGACAAAUAUAUAGAUACUCACGAAUUAUGUGAACAAAAUUAAUUUGUUUCAAUGUUUGAAUUUUGUUUUAAACUUUUAUCAGUCCCUUCCCUGCUCAGAUAUGGAGAUUUUGAUGUGAAAUAGGCCAAUUUAUAACUAGUAGACCUUCAAAUUAAUUGUUAAAUAUAUCAUAAUAUUAUAUUUUUCUCAUUGUGUUAAGGAAGCAGGUCCAAAUAUAAUAACUGACUGUCCUCCAUAGUCGAUAAUACUAGUAUUCCUAUCUCAUCAGUAUUCAGGAGACCACACAGACUAGUAAGAAGACUGAAAUAAAUGAUUCAUUACUGAAAAUGUACAGAUUCUCACAUUAAUACUGUUAAUAUGUAUUAAAUUAUAUUAAAGUCCCAGUCAAUAAAGAAAUAAACAUUUUGGAAUUCUUUCAUUAAGAAUCAAAGUGAGGAACAGAGAUUGUUUAAACAUUACACUAAGAUUGAUUUUAUGCUCAUAGAAUAAAUUCAUGGACUUGGAAAAUAUUUUUUAAAUGCUUUCUGAAUUAGCACAAUAAAUAUUCUUAAAAAUUUAGUAGAGAUUUAAAACACAGACACAAUGUUCAGGCAUAAUCUCUAAUAAAUUAACACUGAUUUCAGUUAUAAAGAAAGGCUUCUGGGACCAACAUUUGGCAUAAUGGCUAUGUCACUGGACUCC